AUGGACCGACGACCGCCCGGCCCGGUGUUCCGGGCCGGGGGUGCCAUCGUCCCCGACGCCGCGGGGACCGGAUACGCAACGUCCGCGUCCGUCGAUGGGGCCGGGGUCGGGGGCGGGGGUUCCGGGGGUUCCGGGGACGGAGCCGAGGGGCGGCGCGGCGUGUCGGUCCAGCCUCGACGGCGAGCUGGUACUAACAAAGUCCCCAACCUCGUCCCUCGUAGCGCCCGGGGCAAGCCCACCAGGGCGGCGCCGAAGAUCGGCGCCGAUAACGUCGGGUUCCGCAUGCUCAAGAAAGCCGGAUGGACCGAGGGCACCGGCCUGGGAAAGGACCGAGAGGGCCCCGUCGAGCCCCUCGGGGCGUGGGCCAAGGCUGACCGCAAGGGCGUUGGACACGAAGCCGGCGCGGGGCACGUGGUGGGCGAUCCCGACGCCAAGGGGGGGAAACCCAAGGCAAAGGCCGAGGACGCGAUCGACGUUGACGUUGGACCGGUCAUGUCCAAGGAGCAGAUGGCGGCGCACGUCGCCAAGGAGCGGAGGGACAAGGGGAUAGCGGCGUACAUUGGGCGGUUGUUCAAGGAGGAGGAGCCGACGGCGGAUAUGAACCCGCUGCUCCGAAACAAACGGAAGAGACGCGGGCGAGACGCGGGCGACGACGGAGGCAUGUCCGCGAACAACCCGCUGCGAGGCUUGUUCUGA